AUGGAACUGCUGCGCACCCGAGUGUGUGAGUGGCAACCUGUCGGCAUCGACUCGCUGGCCAUCGCGCCCUCGGGUACCGGUUCAUCACCUCGUCUGGCUGUUGGACGGGAGAACGGCGCUUUAGAGCUGUGGGACACAGAGACCUGGCACUUGCGGAGUUCUGCGCCUGGCAACUCUCGACGCCGGCCGAGGAGCAUUGUAUGGGUUGUUGACGUCGAAGAAGCGCCGAAGCUGCGGCUGAUAUCUGCUGGACUUCACAGCGAGGUUACAGAAUGGGAUGUGGAGACGCUGGAGCCGAUUGAGACUUGCUCUCCAGGCGGUGGUGCUGUCUGGGGCCUCGCAGUUCAAGGCCAGCAGCUGUUUGCUGCCUGCGAUGAUGGCACUGUCCGGGUGAUGUCAUUGGCCGGUGGAGUUGGGUCGCUGAUGUAUACCAAGCGCAUAAGCAUAGCCAAAGCGAGGCUCCUCAGCCUCGCAGUUCAGGACGGGGCAGUUUUUGCCGGAGCUGACAGCAAGAUCUCCAAAUGGAGUAUCGAAGCUGGAGUAUGCGAAGGCAGCAUGCAGUUGGAGAAACCUCCGCGUGGACACACGCUGAUUUGGAGUCUGGUCUCCCUCGAGGACAAGAUGCUGGCAAGCGGGGACAGCAUGGGAUUGGUGCAGAUAUGGGACACGGUGGCCUGCGUGCUGCUCCACCGCUUUGCUCAGCACCAGGCCGACGUUCUCGCCUUGGCUGCAAGCAGCGAUGGGCGGACUCUACUAUCUGGCAGCGUUGACGCGAAGAUCUCUGAGUUUGGGGAGGAGCCUGCCCAGCCUGCCCAGCCGGCGCCGGGGCCCAAAGCCGACCCCGAGGAGUUGGCAAAGUUGUCUCUGUCGGACCUCAAGCAGGCUUUUGACGGCCUUACGUGUAAGGACGGACAAAGCUACGUGCCGGGUAAGAUCAUGAAGGUCAUGUACAAAUCCUCUGAUCACUGCAACUACUCGACGAGUGGCUUUGAUGCUGACGAGUCCAUGACUUGGAAAGUCUUCCUUCCGGUGUCCGGGUACGGGCCCGACGUUGGUUAUUUGGUGGAUGUUGGGUACUUCUGGGAAAAAUACGAGCGUGGGGCCAGAGACGCUGAGGAGCUCUCUGCCCAUGUGAAGCUGUUUCCGUCCGGACCGUCUUUCAAGGCGGACGACAAGAAGACGGGCAAGCUGGAUCGAUCGACGCUUCUUGUGAUCAUGGAAGAGAUGCCUCUACUUGAGCGGUGGGUCUUCCGCGAUGCGAUGCUCUGCCAUUCCCAUGAUGUCCGUGCGAUUGUCAUCGACGACACAAAGAAGGGAAGGAAUACACAGAUUUCAGCCGGAGCCGCUGGCAGGCUCUUCGUCUUCAAGCCUCUGGAGUCGGGUCACGACAAAGCGGCGAGACCCUUCCAGUGCAGCAACUUUUCACCUCUGUUCCAGACGGCAUCCAUUUCGGAAGACAGCCGCCUCGUUCUUUGCCAGAAGGGACAGACCCUGGAGCUCUGGUACCUGCCCGAGCCGGAGGACGCGCCGAGCCUCGGAGCUUCGGCCAGGGCACCGGAAGGGCAGCUGCUGCUCACGAUCUCCCUGGCCGGGAAGUCGAUUGGGCCGGACGGCACCAAGAGGAGUACAGAAUAUCUGUGUUCCUCAACGAUCUCCCCGAAUGGGAAGCGGGUGGCGGCAAGCGACAUGACGGGGACUCGACUUUUCAACCUCAGUGUGAGCGAGCUCCAGGUCCAGCGUAUUGCUGUACCUACAGAGAUCGCCAACAGCGCAGCGCGCGCUUUGAAGUUCUGCUCGCCAAAACUGCUCGCAGUGGCACCAUGGCACGGACAUGUUAUCCACCUCCUCGACUGUGAGGAGAAGAAAAUCAUAGCAAGCUUGGAGGAGCACAAGGCACCCGUUUCGUUGCUGACCGCCGGAGGGUCUGGUGGUGAGUGGCUGGCCUCAGCCGAUCUGGCGGGAGCGGUCAACAUCUUCAGCUUGGACGGUUUUUUUCACCACGCUUCGGUUCCCGUCGGACGUGGAGCGGCCACGGCGCUGGGGUUUGACAGCUCCGGCAGAUAUUUAGUUGUUGCCACGACGGCGCAUGUGGUGACCUUGUUCGACAUCGAGUCUCAAAGCUUACAUGCAGAUAUUCCGCCCUUUGACAUACCGAAGCGGCAUCUGGCAGUUCAUGCGCGCGUCUGUGGAAUCGCCGCUUUUCCUGAAGCGCCGGAAAAGCUGCUUCUGUGGGGCCACAACUACCUCCUGGCUGUAAAUGUCAAAGCGAAGAGGGUCACCAGAAGCGAAGCUGCAGCGGAGCCGUAUACCUGGCGCCUCUGGGCCGGAAUUCGUCAUGUACUGGCAUUUUUCGGCCUCCAGAAGCCCUGGAGCCUCGCGACAGAUUCUGCCGAAGUUCGGAAACGAAAGCGUGGAGAUGCCAGCGCAGAAGUCUCCCUGCUCCCGACGGGCCUUGCCAUGGAGGUGACGCCGGAAGCUGCUGAGGCUUGCCUGCCCACGCCCUUCGAACGGAAGAAGUUCCAGAAGCAGAGCCACCAAAAGCAGAGUGUCAGAGGACCCGAGCUUUGA